CUCAGCGCAGACAACAUGGCGGCCGGCUAAGCGUCGUUGUGCUCGGACUACUCCACGGAGUUUGUUUCUUUUUAUUACGCGAUUCUAUCGGAUUAGUUAUUAAACCACUGACGUUUGGACUUUCCAGCCUUUAUCUUGGGAUCCCCCUUUUUACGCCCAGAAGGUGAUCCAGUAAGACCGGCACGAUGGGGCGACGGUCAACCUCCUCCACCAAGAGUGGGAAGUUCAUGAAUCCCACCGACCAGGCCAGAAAAGAGGCCAGGAAACGAGAGUUGAAGAAGAACAAAAAGCAGAGGAUGAUGGUGAGGGCAGCAGUGCUGAAGAUGAAGGACCCUCGGCAGAUCAUCAGAGACAUGGAGAAGCUGGAUGAGAUGGAGUUCAACCCGGUCCAGCAGCCAAUGCUCAAUGAGAAAGUGCUGAGGGACAAGCGGAAGAAGCUGAAGGAGACCUUCGACCGAAUUGUGCACUUGUACGAGCGAGAGAACCCCGACACAUACAAAGAUCUGCGCAAGCUGGAGUCAGACUAUGAAAGCAAGCGAGGACAGCUGGCGCUGUAUUUCGACUCUGUUAAGAAUGCAGAGUCGGUGGAGGUUGACAGUAUUCCUCUACCUGACAUGCCACACGCACCGUCCAGCAUCCACAUCAAGGACAUCCCGCUGCCCGGGGCUCAGCCCCCCUCCAUCCUGAAGAAGACCUCCACCUUUGGCAGAGGGCUCCUGCCGACUGGACCUGCUUUCAUCGCGCUGCCACCUGUGCCUCGUUUACCUCCAGGGAAGAAGCCCCCAGGCCCCCCACCUGGCCCCCCUCCCCCGCAGGUCCUGGCAAUGCAUGGCAUUCCGGCUCGACGCCUGUACGGAGUGGAGCCCCAGAUGCCCAUUCCGGGUUUCAGUGCCACCGCUGACGUUAGCAGAGACAGUGGCAGUGAAAGCGACCGUGACCGGGACGAUGCCGAGGAGGAAGAGGAGAGCGAGUCGGAAGAGGACAGUGAAGAAGAACGAGAAGAAGGACGGGAGGGUGAAUCACGGGCGAGCGCGGACAGACGUGAGGAACGUGACGACGACAAAGAAAGAGGUCGCAGCGUGCGCUUCGCUGACAUGCCCUCUGAUGCACCCGGCGAUGGGAAGAAAAAGAAGAAGAGGGUGGUGAAGAAGAGCAACUCCAUCACGCCACUGCAGGCCAUGAUGUUGAGGAUGGCAGGCCAGUCCAUUCCUGAAGAGGAGGAGGAGGAUGAGGUGGAGGAAGAAUACACAGACGAGUCAGAGGGCUCGGACGUUGAGGACCACGGACCUCCAGGUGAAGCCCUGCCCCCGCACAUGCCGGCUCCUCACCUGCCCCCCCCAGGAGGCCCUGUAGGACCUCCACACUUGCAGGGUCCUCCCAUGACUGGUCCUCCACCCCUGGGCCCGCCUCCUGCCCCUCCCAUAAGACCUCCAGGUCCUCCUUCAGGCCCACCUCCGGGCCCACCGCCAGGUGCCCCACCAUUCCUGCGCCCUCCUGGCAUGCCUGGUGCUGGACUGAGAGGCCCUAUACCUCGUCUUCUGCCACCCGGACCUCCCCCGGGUCGACCCCCUGGUCCCCCACCGGGUCCUCCUCCGGGCCUGCCGCCUGGCCCCCCUCCUCGUGGCCCUCCCCCCAGGCUCCCGCCCCCGGCUCCUCCUGGCAUGCCCCCUCCUCCCCCGAGAGUGGGUGGUCCCCCUCGUCCUAUGGCCCCCCCCCUGUCCAUGUUCCCCCCGCCGCUCGGCUCAAACAUGCUGAGUGCACCCCCCAGUAUCGUCCAGCGGCAGAAGGGCUCCGGGCAGGAUAGCGCUCAGAGCAACAUGCCGCCUCCUCCUAUGUCGAUGAGACCUGGCAUGAUGCAGAUGCCCCCGCCUCCGGGCACCGCUCCAGCCGGCACCGUCAACAACCCGUCUCACCAUCACGCCGCCACCAUUGAGAAGCGGGCGAACAUCACGUCUGUCUCUGGCGGCGGCUCCGGCGCCGGAGCCACCAUCUCUGCCAAGCCUCAGAUCAUCAACCCGAAAGCUGAGGUGACCCGCUUUGUGCCCACCGCCCUGAGAGUCCGCAGGGACAAGAACACUCCGGCUCCCGGGGCGGCGCCUGGGCCCAUGGACAGAGUUCAUGGAGCGGUUGGAAGGAGGGGCGACGAUGUCAUGGGAGUUCCUCAUCACAAACAAGUGUCCUCCGCGCAGAUGGGCUUCUCCAACCCAGCCCAGAUUGGUGCUGUGUCUCAGCCCAACAUGAAGACCAAGGACCAGGUCUAUGAAGCCUUUAUGAGGGAGAUGGAGGGGCUCCUCUGAGACUGGACUCCACCCUGUUUUGUUUCUCUGUGAAUCUUCAGUUGGAUCAGUGGCAUGUUUGUGGGGCUCCUGAGCGCAGCUGCUCCAUGUUAGAGUCAGUCAGCCUCACCUUUUAUCUCUUCAUUUUGUUUUUUUUUCUCAACAUUUUUGUACUGCUGUAAAGGUUGUGUGACAUCAUCAGUUGGACCAGCUGUCAAAUACAAUAAAAUAAACCCAGGAGCUCUCGAGACAAAGACGUGGUCUGGUUUGA